AUCUUCUUAAUGUCACUUUUGUCAAAAACGGCAUAUUUGGUGGUCACGUCCAAUUUUAUAAAAAAUGUUCAAAGAAUUUAAUAUUAGUGCGAACGUAUAGGUGUAUAAUGAUUUAAAACAAAACAGUUCAUACAUAAAAAGAAAUCGCUGACGACAUUCACCAAAUGUCGUCAUUAAUUUUCCUAAUUAAUAAUAUUCGCAGUACAAUGUGGUGGGCGUCAAUUAUUUUGAAAGUGAAUUAAUAGACAUCAUGGCUUCUUCUAUUGCAACAGAUACUGCGUCUUUAUGCAGCGAAGCAAGUACUCUUAUAGAUGGAAGUGUUAUAUCUACUGUUCCUGAUCGACAUGGUUUUCUUGGCGGCCAACAGUAUUCUCCAGAACCAAAGCAGGGGCCUCCUCCCGAAACAGUGCUUCGAAGGGAACACAAAUGGCUAAAGAUGAUUUCUAAAUGGAAUUUUUACAUGGAAAGAAACUACAGGAAAGUUAGAGAAAGAUGUCGAAAAGGAAUACCAAUGUCUGUUCGUCCUAAAGCUUGGCUUUAUUUGUGUGGUGGUAAAUUAUUAUUAGACAAAUAUCCUGAUCAAUAUCAGGUUUGUCUGAGGGAUGAUGCUGAUCCAAAGGCUCUCGAAGACAUUAGGAAAGAUUUACACCGACAAUUUCCAUAUCAUGAAAUGUUUAUAUCUGAAGAUAAGCCAGGACAACAAGAGUUGUUUAAUGUUUUAAAAGCCUAUGCGGUCUUCAAUCCAACAGUUGGUUACUGUCAAGCACAAGCUCCAGUUGCUGCAUUUCUUCUAAUGCACAUGCCAGCUAUACAAGCUUUCUGGUGUCUUGUUUCAAUCUCAGACCGUUAUUUAAAAGAUUAUUAUUCACCAGGUAUGGAAACUGUUCGAAGGGAUGGGAUGAUCCUUCAAGGUUUGCUUAAAAAAACCUGUCCACUAGCUUAUCGUCAUCUAAAAAAAAUUGAGGCUGAACCUAUGUUUUAUUGUACAGAAUGGUUUUUAUGCGCAUUUACUCGUACAUUACCUUGGGAUUCUUUGUUGCGUAUUUGGGAUAUAUUUUUGUGUGAAGGUGUCAAAAUACUUUUUAAAACCGCUCUUGUUAUACUUGAGGGCUGCUUAGGAAACGCAAAAAAUCGAAAGAGAUGUUCAGGUCUUUGUGAAACAUUAGAUUUACUGCGAAAUCCUCCCGAAUAUGUUCUAUCAGAAGAAUACUUAGUCCAUGGGUUAAGCAAACUUGGAUUAACCGAGAAAGAUUUUGAGCUGGAACACCAGAAACAAACGGCUAAGAGACGAAGUUUAGUGGCAGUUAGUAAUGGCAGUUCUCCUAGGUAAUAAUAGUGUAUGGUAAAAGUUUGUUUCGUUAUAAAUUCAGGUAAAUUUCAGUUGUCAGAUGAAAAUGUUGAAUUUGUAUUUUGUUGUUGAUGGUUAAAGAAUUAACAUUUUAUUUAUAUGUGCAUAAAAAUUAUGAAUUGUUUUUUU